AUGAUGAGUCCGCACGUGUGUUUUUGGUUUCCAGCCCGAUCAAAAAGCCUCGUGAUGGGCGAGCAGAGCGGACCCUCCACCAGACCAGUGUCCCCCAACCCGCAAGACCGUGUGCUCAAGGCAGGUUGGCUGAAGAAGCAGAGGAGCAUCAUGAAGAACUGGCAGCAGCGGUGGUUUGUGCUGCGUGGGGACCAUCUCUUCUACUACAAGGAUGAGGAAGAAACCAAGCCACAGGGAUUUAUCCCAUUGCAAGGAAAUCAGGUGGCUGAAUUCCUUCCCAAUCCAGAAGAACCGGGAAAACAUCUCUUUGAAAUCACUCCAGGUGGCUCAGGAGACCGGGAUAAGUUGCCUGUUAAUCAUGAAGCUUUCCUUCUCAUGGCUAACUCCCAGAAUGACAUGGAAGAUUGGGUGAAAGCCAUUCGUCGGGUCAUAUGGGCUCCGUUUGGUGGAGGUAUUACAAAUAGCUCACAUGCUCAUAAAUUAAAACUAGUGCCUCAAGGAAUCUUUGGGCAGCGGCUGGAAGACACGGUCCAGUACGAGAGCAAAUACGGCCACCGCCUGGCCCCUCUGCUGGUGGAGCAAUGUGUGGAUUUUAUCCGGGAGCGGGGGCUCGCCGAGGAGGGCCUCUUCCGAAUGCCCGGCCAAGCCAACCUAGUCAAGGAUUUGCAGGAUUCGUUUGACUGUGGAGAGAAACCUCUGUUUGACAGCUCCACCGACGUGCACACCGUCGCCUCCCUCCUCAAGCUCUACCUGCGGGAGCUGCCGGAGCCCGUCGUCCCCUUCGCCAGAUACGAGGACUUCCUCUCCUGUGCCCAGCUUCUUUCCAAGGAUGAGGGUGAGGGAAUGCAAGAGUUGACUAAACAAGUGAAAAAUCUUCCUCAGGCAAACUACAACCUUCUCAAAUAUAUAUGCAAGUUUUUGGAUGAAGUUCAGUCUCACUCGAGUGUGAACAAGAUGAGCGUCCAGAACCUUGCCACCGUGUUUGGGCCGAACAUCCUACGUCCCAAAAUGGAAGAUCCAGUGACGAUCAUGGAAGGUACCUCUCUGGUGCAGCAGCUGAUGACGGUCUUGAUCAGCCAACACAGCCAGCUGUUCACGGCGGUGCCCUCGGCCGUGCCCACGCCCGCCCCGCGCCAGGGCAGCCAAGGCGGGUCCCAGCGCAGCGCCGUGGAGUGGAUCUCCGAGGAAGGCGGGGAGGAGGGCCCGUCCGAGCCCGGCGCGUCGAGCCCCGGGGCCGGCCCUCCGCCCGCGCCCCGGGCCGCCUCGCUGGACGCGGCCACGGCCGCCGCCCUGGGCAGGCCCGCCACCAGCCCCGGGAAGCGCGGGCAGACCCUGCCCCACUGGAAGUACUCCUUCCGACAGGCCGGGGCCCGCUCGCUCAGCCCCAAGCCGGGCAGCUCGACGCUGGACGUCUCGGCCCCGGCCUCCUCGGGCGGGAACUGGCUGAUGAACGGGCUGUCCUCCCUGCGGGGUCACCGGCGGACCUCCACGGGGGAGCGGGGCAAGGACUCGGGCUCGGCCCAGCGGCUGUCCACCUACGACAACGUGCCCGCGGUCGGCCUCUCCCUGAGCACGCCCAGCGUGGCGGCCACCGCCUGGUCGGCCUCCUCCUGCGAGAUCUCCGCCGGCGACUCCAUCAGCAGCUGCCCGGCCUGCCGCGCCAGCGACUCUUCGGCCUGCGACUCCCUGCGGACCGAGUGGGCCCCCGCCGGGGGGUCCGCGGACCUGGGCCGCACCAGCAGCGAGGGGCUGGACGCCUGCGGCAGCAGCGUGGGCACCAGCGAGGCCGGCGACUCCGUCGGGCCUUCCAGGGACUCCGCCCUCUGUUCCCGGGCCCUUCAGAGCCUGGUCACGGAGCUCCAGGCCGAUCUGGGCAAACAAAGGACUGAGUUCGAAUCCAGCAUCAAAAGAAUCGAAGAAACCAGCACCGAGCUGAGGACGCAAAUGGCAAGAUUGGAAGAGGAGCUGGAUCAGGAGCGAAAGAAAUACACAAUGCUGGAAAUCAAACUGAGAAACUCAGAACGUGCUAGGGAGGAUGCAGAGAAAAGAAACCAGCUUCUCCAGAAGGAAAUGGAAGAAUUUUUUUCGACACUGGGAAGCCUAACUCGGGGGGCCAGAAGCACUAAAGUAGCAAAGUAGAGGAAACUGAAGAGUGAUACAAUUCUGUCUUUUUGGUUUUUGAUUUUUGUUUUGCAUUCCCCACAGAGCAGCUGAUCGCUGCUUCCUCUUGUCUACUCGUGUAUCAUGAGUAAUAGCGAAGCGACUCAAUGCCCCUUCGCACCGUUGUCCUGGUUUACAUAUGCUAUCUUAUUGGGGCUAUCAGGGAAAUUAAAAGGGCGACUCGACUGCACCUUGGCCGUGCUUUGGGUGGGGGACACAACAUCUGAUGUGCCUUUAGGGACAGGCUAUUUGGAGCUCACCCACCCAGGGGACCCGGCGGGGGCUCUGUGUCUGCGGCCCCUCCGGCCGGGAAGCGGGAGUUCAGUCCGUGGGUCGAAUGAAACCGAACAUGAAAAUGUGCAUUCUUGAUUAAAUUUGCUUUAAAAACA